GCAGAGAGCAGCGGUCCUGUUUAGACUGUUUCUUACUGCCUGUUCCUGUGUUUGUCUGGAUGGCUAGUUAACGCUGCUUAACGCUGGUUAAAGCUCAGAACCAGUCCCCCAGUUACUCUUCAGAUGUUUCGCUCUUUGCUGCGAUAAAACGGAUAUUUGUCACUUUGACCGGAGCCUCAGAGAAAAGCUGCGACAUGAAGUACAAAAACCUGAUGGCCAAAGCUUUGUACGACAACGUGCCGGAGUCUCCGGAGGAGCUGGCCUUCCGUAAAGGAGACAUCCUGACGGUGAUCGAGCAGAACACCGGAGGCCUGGAGGGCUGGUGGCUCUGCUCCCUGCACGGCCGCCAAGGCAUCGCCCCUGGCAACCGCCUCAAACUGCUGAUCGGACCUAUGUUCGACGCUCAGUCGCCGGCCGCUGCCGCCGCCCAGUCUCCUCCUCAGAGCUAUCAGCAGAAGAUUGGAUCAGGGUCUCAGGGGCUGUACCAGGUUCCUCCUGGACAAGAGGUCUACCAAGUCCCACCGAGGAGUUCUCUAUCUGCUGACAGCACACCAAGCAAGGUGGUGACCCCGACCAGAGUGGGACAGUCCUACACCUACAGCCCAGGCCAACACAACCAGCAAGACCUCUAUGACAUCCCCCCCAGCAGAUCACAGGGGGUGUACGAUGUUCCACCUGGUCAGAUGUUUCCUGGUCAGCACGGCGCUGCCAGAAACCAGGGAGUCUACGACGUCCCCCCCCCUCAGCUGGACCACAGUACUCAAGGUGUUUACGACGUACCUCCCUCCUCACAAGGGGUCUACUCGGUGCCCCCCUGCAGGACCAACCCUGUCCUCCAGGAGGGAAACUACGACUUUCCGCAGCCUCUCAAACACAAGCAGGAGGGGAUCUACGACGUCCCGCCCCCCGUCCUCACCAAACCCGCUCAGAGCCCCCAGUCGCACUAUGACUUCCCCCCCACUGUGGAGCCCACUGCCCACCAUCAACACCCCAAUACCAACGGCAACGAAGGCAUCUACGACGUGCCUCCCCCCGUCCUUAACUCAGGGGCGGGGUCUCAGAGGGACAUAUACGACAUCCCCCGGUGCAAGCAGCCCCCCCAGCAGAGAACCUCACCUGCCGACAGAGACGGAGGUAAAGGCAUCUACGACAUCCCGGCUCAGGACGCUCGAGCGCUGGGGGACGUGAUGGACGGCGUGAACCGUUUGUCCUUCUCCAGCACCGGCAGCACACGUAGCAGCAUGUCCACGUCCUCAUCCUCCACGGGCUCCGGCUCUGAGGGGCGCCUCGCUCUGGACAUGGACACCGCUGUCCAGAGGCUGUUCCGCCUGCAGCAAGCCGUGGACGCCUCAGUCUGGGCACUGCAUUCAUUGGCGGCUUCCCCUCACUGGAGGACGUUUCCCUUCAUGGAGCGCCACGCUAACGACGUCCGCACCGUGCUGGACCGGGUCCGGGCCGCUCUGGGAGACUUUGUGGUGUUUGGUCGAGGGGCCACGGCCAACGCCGUGUCUUUGUCGGACUCCGGCCUGCACAGUAAGCUGAGGCGGCAGCUGGGACGCCUGGAGGACUCGCAGCAGAUCCUGCUGCAGAUAUACCAAGUCCUGGAGAGCUGCAGCUGGGCUCUGAACGUCCUCACCUCUUCUGGGAAGCUCCACAACAAGAGUGACGACCUGGACCGCUUCGUCAUGGUUUCCAGGACCGUCCCCGACGACGCCAAGCAGUUUGCCUCCACGGUUGGCGGCAACGCGGAGCUGCUGUUCAGGCGGACGCACCCGGACGGGUUGUCGUCCAACGGCAGCACACCCAAUGAGAACACGAUUCACUCGCUCACCUCCCCCUCGUCCGACAACGACAGCUACGGCGAGCAGACCAAACCUUUCCCCGUGCCCCCCAGCCAAAACAAAGACAACAUGAACACCAGCGAGAAGUGUGUGAAGAGCUGGAUGGAGGAUUACGACUACGUCCAUCUGCAGGGUAAAGAGGACUUUGAGCGUCAGCAGAAGGAGCUGCUGGAGAAAGAGAACAUCAUCAAGCAGAGUCCGGUCCAGUUGGGUCCAGAUCAGAUCAAUCAGUUAAAGAAGCUGGAGCAGGAAGUGAUCAAACCCGUGGAGAAUGACAUCACACAGUGGACGUCACACCAGCACUCAGGUGUAACCUCGGCCCCCCCCUCGGACUCCUUCUCCACCCCCUCCGCUCACGUGUGCACUCGGGACCGACAGCUGCUCGGCUUCUACUCGGAGCAGUGCGAGCAGCACUUCGUCACACUGCUCAGCGCCGUCGAUGCCUUCUUCGGCUGCGUCGGCGCCGGCCAGCCUCCUCGCAUCUUUGUGGCGCACAGCAAGUUCGUCAUCCUCAGCGCCCACAAACUGGUCUUCAUCGGAGACACUCUGUCCAGACAGGCCUCGGCCCCCGAGGUGGCCAACAGGGUGAUGAACUCCAGUAACGUGCUGUGUGACUUGUUAAAGACGGUGGUGGCUGCGACUAAAACGGCCGCUCUGAACUACCCGAACACGGCCGCCAUCCAGGACAUGGUGGACAGGGUCACGGACUUGUCUCACCACUCGCAGCAGUUCAAAGAACAGUUACUGCAGAUGGCACAGUCCUGAUCUCCACCACAGACUCACUGUGUACACUCAUCAGUAGAAAUGU